AUGUUGGAACGUGUGUCGGGAUGUAAACAUAGUGCAGAUUUCUCAUUGGCUGAGCUCGGCACCAGUAGCCAAUCAAAAUGGACCGCGGCUUAUAUAAGCCGGUGUUCCCGUAUAGACGAGGCAGACAGGGCUGGACAGCUCGUCAACAAUAACCUAUGUCCAGGUAAGGAUGGUAAUUUUGAAGAUGACGAGGUUGCCGUAGCUACAUCAGUCAAGCUUCCUGAAAUCCGUGAAGGGAAAUUUUGUAUGAUUUACGCCCACCCAGAAACUCUUGUUGAUAACAAACAAGUUGGGAAACUUCUUCGAAGUCCAGAGUUCAGGAGAUGUGUGUGUUGCACUGUGGUUGAUGAAGUUCACAUGAUUUCAGAAUGGGGAGAGGACUUUCGAAAAGCAUUUAGUAAACUUGGUGAACUUACAUGUGUGUACCCAGAGAUCCCCCACUUAGCACUCACAGCAACAGCAACUCCUGUGGCUAUACAGACAUUGUCAAAAAUAUUACAAUUUCAGAAAGUAACAAAAGUGACAGAGAACUCUGACAGACCUAAUAUUUACUUAGAGAUAAAAGAACGGCUUCCAAAUGUUAAAAAGUAUGAGAAAUACAAUGAAAUACUACAGCCUUUAUGUGAAGAACUUCAAGAGAAAAUGUUGGAUUUCCCAGUCACAAUAGUUUACUGUGACAGUUUAGAGUCUGUUGGUUACAGCUAUCAAUAUGUCGAUGAUCAGCUGCAAGCCCAACAGUACGUACCAAUGGAGGACCAGAUCCCAGAAAAUCGGAUUUUUGCCCAGUACCACAAAGGCUACACUGACAAAAUGAAGAAUCUGACUAUUUUCGAACUUCAAAAAGAAAACCCUAAACUACGUUUGGUGUUUGCAACGGUAGCACUUGGGAUGGGUUUAAAUUCCCCAUCAGUUGCUAGGAUUAUUCACUUCAGACCGCCAACAACACUGGAAAAGUAUGUACAAGAAAUAGGGCGAGCAGGACGGUCAGGACAAGAGGCACAUGCAUUAGUAUACUACAAUAAUAGUGAUGUUGCCUCCAAUCGCAAAGGUUUGAAAGUGGAAGUGAAGCAACAAACAAAUGCAGGUGUUAUGACUACAUUGUAUUUCUCUGCAGGAUGA